AAUGGGCAUGGACCAAAAGGAUAUGAGUGAAAUAGGCGAAGAUUCAAAAUAUUUCGUCAAAUCAACGAAAACCAGAGGAAAGGGAAAAGUGAAAAAAGAAAAACGAACAAGCUCUGAAGCCGAAAACCACGAAAUAGACUUGAAAAAAGAAAAAUGGGAACCUGAAAAUUGGAAAAUUCAUAUAAAAAAUAUAGAAAAAAUGAGAUCUGAAAGAGAGGCUCCAGUUGAUACUAUGGGUUGUGAUGCUGUUGGCGAUAAGAAAGCUGAGGGACAUGUAUAUAGAUAUCAAGUUCUUAUAUCCUUAAUGCUCUCCAGUCAAACAAAAGACCAAGUUAAUGACGCAGCCAUGUCAAAAUUGAAAAAACACGGCUGCAAUAUUGAUAAUAUACUGAAAACAGAAGAUGACUUACUUCAGGAAUUAAUUUAUCCCGUCAGCUUUUAUAGAACUAAAGUUAAAAACAUAAAAAAGACUACAAAAAUUUUAAAAGACAAAUUCAAAGGCGAUGUUCCAGAUAAUCUAGACGAUCUAUUGGCUUUACCGGGGAUAGGACCGAAAAUGGCUUUUCUUAUAUUACGCAGUGCAUGGAAUAAACUAGAAGGAAUUGGCGUUGAUACACACGUUCAUAGAAUUUCUAAUAGGUUAAAAUGGUUGCAAAAGCCAACAAAAACUCCAGAACAAACAAGACAUGGUUUGGAAGAUUGGUUACCGAAAGAGUAUUGGGAUACAGUCAAUCAUCUUCUCGUUGGCUUCGGCCAAACAAUUUGUGCUCCAGUCAGACCAAAGUGCUCCGAAUGUUUAAAUAAAGACAUCUGUCCCUCAUUUGAAGGAUUAAAAUCAACAAAAUCUGUCAGAAAACCUAAAACGAGAAAGAUUUCUAAGGAAGACAAAGUAGAAAUUAAGGAAGAAACAAAAGAAGAGAUUAAUACUUAAAAUUGACGUAUUGUGUUCAUUUUAAAAAUCGUACUACUUGAAAAGUAUUAAUUUUUUUAAAAUAAAAAACUUUGAUCAAAGUAAUGAACAUAAGUUAUUAAAUAUGGAUUCAAGUCGAUCAAAACAAUUUUACAACAGUUCCGCUCGAGAAAUGGGUGUUUUGAUCGAUAGUAUAUAUGAUCAUUUUAAUAAAAUCAGUAUAGAUAUGGAAGAAUAUAAAGAAGAACUGAAAAAAGAAAAGGAAGAGAAUAUAAAAUUGAUUCUAUUGGUUGAAGAGACAAGGCGAAAAAGUAGUGACUAUGUGAGAAGCGUUGAACAAUUAAAACUAGGUCGCUCCAUAAAGAAUAGUGAUAAUUCACAUACUUUUCUAAAAUACAAAAAUUACAAUUUAGGUCUUUAUGGAUUCGCACCUGGUUUUCAAACAAUUACAAAAGGCAGAUGGAAAAUUAAACAAGAAAGUAAUGCUGUUCUAAAUAACAACACAAUUGAAGAAACGUCUACGAAAGGUAGAGAAAGAAAAGUGAAAAAUAUGAUAAAUACAACGUUUAAAAGUCGGAUACCUCAGAGAAUUAAACUUCAUUAGCACAAAUGGCUUAUUAAUUUGAGUAGGUCUUUGUAAUAGGUAGAAUAAAUAGUGCAUUUCAGAAAAAAUGAAAAAAACACUGCAUGCAAGAAAAAAGUGAUGAACUAUUUUAGUUGCAGUCUGCAAAGACAGUCUAGGGUGAAAUACGAUAUUUUUUGAAAUAUAUCUUCACUAAGUGUGAGACAAUAUAAACUGACAUAACAUAUUUGCAUAGUACUAUUAACUUAAACUCAAUGACAAGUUUGAUAAAAAAGCAUCGUUAUCUUGUACACACUGCGGACUAGAAGACAAUAUAGCUAUUAGUAAAACUACCAUACAACUAAGCAUGUAUACCAAGUGUACACGGAUAUAUAUUUUUUAGUUCCAAAUAAGUCCAUAAAACUAUAAAUUAUAUAAUUCAAAAUGUUUAGUAUGAUUACAUAUAUAAAUAUAUAGAUAUAUAUGUAUGUUAAUAUAUAUAUAUAUAUAUGCAUAUGUAUAGUAAUAUAUAUAUAUGUAUAUAUUUAUAUUAAUUCAUAGACUUUUUAAUCCAUUUUGCCAAAGUCUUCAAAUUGCUGUUUGCUCAUCGCAGCGGCAGCAUCUCCAGCAGCUGUCUUGGCUGUUAAAAUAAACAAAAAAAAUAUUAUUCCCCGUCGAGAAGAUAGAAAUGCAAGAGAAGAGCCAACUCCCCGUGCUUAAACAGCAAGAUUUCAAUUAUUUGAGUAGUUAUGCAUAUGUGAUAUUUGCUUAUAGCAACUAGUUAUGCAUUUUAUCAUCAAUAAAAGAAAUAGCUACAGCUAUAAAACAAAUUAAAAACGAAUAUUUUCUCCUUCGACGUGCUUAAAAGCUUAAUGCUAUUUAAAAAAAAAACCAAAAAGAAUCUUUAAACCAUCUGUACCUGAUGCUGUAGCGGCACCUUUAACUGGAUAUAAAAACGUAUGCUUAAUGUAUAUGGAUUACUAAUAAAAUGGCGAAUGAAACCUAACGAAAUCGACAUAUUUAAAUACAGCUAUUUUAACCCAAUUUGAACAGCUGACAAAAAAUUAAUAGUGAAAUGUUUACCUUCUUUAGCAAUAUCUUCCAUCGUAUCUGCUGCUUUGCCAACGAAAUCAUCUACACGCUCUUGAUGUUUCAAGACGAAGGGUCGGAUAAACUUUGUAUAAAUAAAAAUCGAUCCAUUCCAAGAGGUUGGUACCAUUAAGUAAACCAAGAAAAUGCACU